AUUAGGCUUGAUGAAGAGAUAAAAGCAAUUGGUAUUAGACAAGAUGAAGGCGACGAAGGGAAACGAUUAUUACUUCGAGAGAGCACAACAUUUCGAGAAAAUACUGAUAAGGUAUUACGUAAAGCUGCUGUACCCUUAAUCAAGGCAUUUCAAGCAGAAGUUGAUCGACUAACGCUUCGGAGUAAGGCAGCAGAAUCGUUUGCUAUCGAAUUGUGUCGAUCGUUAACAAAUUUGCCUGAUCCAUCUGAGCACUUAAACCAACUUAAACCCCUUCUUGUUAAAUCACAACGAUUGAAAACCUGCGAAGAAGAAGUAUGUCUUUUGAAAAAGCUGACUGUUCGAUCUUUACGAGAGCAAAUUAAAGCACUUGAAGCCGAAGCUGAACAAAACGUCCAGGCUAACCUCAAAGAAACAGAAAAAAAUUUUCGAGCUGAGUUUGAUGAACUGAAAAGAGAGAUGGAGCAAAAACAAGAUGCUCUGAUUGCGGAAAAUAAAACGCUUGCAGCUACUGUCGGCGACUUAGAAGUCGCUAAUCGAGAGGCUAGAAAAUCCGCUGAAGAAAUGCGGUUGAAGUUAGAUCAGAAAGAGGCAAUGGAAGACGAACAUUUAGAAAUUGUUUCUAGUGAUUUAGAAAAAGCCGUUCAUCGAGCAGUUGAAGCAGAACAAGAAGUUUUAAGGCUUCGAGGAGAGCUUGAUAAAACUGCGGGAACCUCAAGCUCUUAUGAAAAUAGCGUUGGUGAAUCGGCUUUGAUACGUUCUAAAGACAGUCAGGUUAUUAGGAAACUCUUAGAAGAAAAUAAAGCCCUAUCAGCGAAACUAUCUGAAGAAGCAGAAGCAGCUCGGAAACGUAUUGAUGAGUUAACUGAGGAGCUUCAGCGACACACGGAAACUGUUAGAGAGUUGGAAGCUCAGCUACAAGCGCAAGCUGAUUAUGAGGAAAUAAAGAAAGAAUUACGCAUUUUACGUAAUGUGGAGUUUGGUGAGGAAGUAAAUUCUGGUGGCAUUGGUGCCAAUAAUGGAGUAGUUUCUGUUGCAACAGCAACUGCUGAGGUCCAUUCUGGUGGCCAUUUAAAGGCAUUGGAUGAGUUGCUGGUAGAGAAAAAUCAUAAGUUGCAAAACGAAAAUGCAACUUUAAGAGUGCAAAAUCAGGAAGCUGAAGGUUGGAUUUGUUGUUUGUGUUGUAGUAUCACGAAUGUUGAGGGGGAAUCAGGUGGCAAAAAUGUUUUGGAUGUUGAAAACCUUCAGUCGUUGGCCAAUUCAUUGGAUCUCAUUGUCGGUUCGUGUAAUGAAGUUUGCAAUUCAAACAUUCAGUGGAAUAAGGACGAGUGUGUGUCUGCAAGCACAGAGGCAGGCAUUUCCGAUAAUGAUAAUGGUGAAAUACAACGGUGUGCGACGAAUUUAUUGAACUUGUUAAUGUGUACGGCUGGCUCGUUGAGUGGUACUUUAUCAAGCCAGGAACCCGCUUAUUCUUUUGAUGAAGAAAAUGGUUUAUCUAAUUAUACUUCGCAAGAAGCUUCGCGUGUUCCCGAGGAAGAAAAAGUAGUUAAUGAAUUACAGGCUCGUGUUAAUCGCAACAUUCGACAGUUAGGUAUGCGACCGUUAAAUACAGCGGAACUUGCUCGACAAUGCAAAAGGCUUAUGAUUGCUUAUAAUAUAGGUCAACGCCUGUUUGCUAAAUUUGUAAUGAAUCAGUCACAAGGAUCACUAAGUGAAUUGUUAUCUAAGCCGCGGCACUGGAAUAAACUUACUGAUAAAGGAAGAGAAGCUUUUCGACGUAUUUAUGGUUGGGUUUCUGAUGGUAAAGCCGUUGCUUUGUUAUGCUCGCUUGCUCCUAGGAGAAUACAGUCGACAAAAGAGUUAAAUAUCAAAACUCCUGCACCAGAAUCACUUUGGGAUGUAGGUGCUUUCAUGCCUGCUUUUACUGAUUAUCAACCAGAAGAUUCUUGCUAUUCGGAUGGUGCUUGUACUAAGAAGUGUCAGAAGACUAAUGAUGAGCAUGUUAAAACUCGCACUGGUUCUAAUUCGUGUAUUACCCCGCAAAAAACCAACAGUCGUUGGAGGCACGACGAUAUUCCAAAAGAAAAAAUUAUCACAAUAUUUCAAAAUGAACUUGCCAAACUGAAACAACAGGAGUUGAGUUUGGAACAAGCUAUUGCAUCACGUCCUCCUUGUUUAUCUACUGCCUUUUUGCGAAGCAGAGAAGAAAAGAAGUGCCUUAGUAGUGGAAUGAAAAGGGCGGAUGUUGCGUCCGACUCAUCUGCUGGAUCAAAUAUUGUUCUGCCUUCCACUGCGUCAUCUUCACUUUGUUCAUCAUCAGGAUUAAAUCUAUCUACAAAUGAAGUACCUGGUCCGCUAUUCUCCUUUAGAAAUCGGUCAGGUUUGGCUCCCAUAACUCAGGAACAGUUAGAACGCUACCCAGUUCUGGAUACUGAUGAUAUUGUUAGACGUGUAAGAGAAUAUCUUUGCGCUCAUUCGAUCUCUCAAAGACAGUUUGGUGAACAUGUUCUGGGGCUUUCACAGGGUUCUGUCUCUGACUUACUUGCGAGGCCGAAACCGUGGAUGCUUCUCACCCAAAAAGGACGUGAGCCGUUUAUACGAAUGCAAUUAUUUUUGAAUGAAACUGGACUGCCUUCUGGAGAUAACUGCGCGACACUUGAGUCAAAGGGCACCUCCGAAAUUAAUGAUCGACAAGAAGCGAAAAGCGAAUGCGCCUCAACAAGUAAUUCACGUGCGGACAGCGAUUACGAAUCUAGAAAAGUUGCGGUUGAAGGCUUAUUGAAAAUGAAAGAUUCGACUGUUGAAAAAGAAGCAGAAAAAAAUGAAGAUAGUAAAAGCAUUCUCCCCCAAGUAAAACCAUUGGAGGAGGUAAGACGAACGGCACAGCUUAAUGUCUCCGAAAUUAGUCGGUUAGUCAAAGAGCGAUUAGAAAAUUAUGGGUUUUCUCAAAAGGCAAGUUUUGAAAUUCGCCAAGAGCUGAAAGUGUUUGGAGAACUUUUGCUUGGUGUGGAUCAGGAUGAAGUUUCGAGGCUUUUAAAAAUUUCGGAUGAUUGUGAUUUAUCUUUUCGAGAUCGAGAAGCUUUUAACAAGAUGAAACACUGGCUCGAUUGUAGUGAAAACGUCCAUGGAUCUCAGAAUCUUGCAAAAUCUUCCGAAAGUUCGUCAGUUUCUUACAUGGUUUCUGAAACGGACCUGUCUAACAACAAAAUAGUUCCCCUGAAGAAAAGAUCUGCAGAAGAUGCUUAUGCCUCUCUGGAACCACCGAGGAAAUCACAGCGCACUAUCAUAACGGAGCAGCAAAAGGAGGCUCUGAAAUUUGUAUUUGCUCAUGAUCAUCACCCGUCGCAAAGGACUAUUGAACAGCUCUCAGAAAAACUUGCAUUAAACCCACGAACUGUCAGUAAUUGGUUUCAUAACUACCGAACUCGCCAGAAGGCUGGGCUUAAAGAUGGUAAAGCACUGAAGACAGGAAGUUUCAAAAAUUGUUGGAUAGGUUAUGGAGAAAAUUGGGAGAAGGUGAGUUACUGUAUUUUUGUUAUCACUGUUUAAAA